CUUGCCAUCGUUCAGGUCAUCAGGGUCAUAUUGGAGUAUGUGGAUCAGAAGCUGAAAGGUGCCCAGAAUAAAUGUGCAAAAUUCCUACUCAGCUGCCUAAAGUGCUGCUUCUGGUGUCUGGAGAAAUUCAUCAAGUUUCUGAACAGAAACGCCUAUAUUAUGGUGGCGAUAUAUGGUAAAAAUUUCUGUACAUCUGCCAAGGAUGCAUUCUUUCUUCUGAUGAGGAACAUUAUACGUGUGGCUGUUCUUGACAAAGUGACAGACUUCCUCUUAUUUUUGGGCAAACUCCUCAUCGUUGGAAUUGUGGGAAUUUGUUCUUUCUUCUUUUUCACGGGCAAGAUUAAAAUAGUGGAGGACGCUGCUCCAUCCCUUAAUUAUUACUGGGUGCCUAUACUGACUGUGGUGUUUGGCGCCUAUCUAAUUGCUCAUGGCUUUUUUAGUGUAUACGCCAUGUGUGUGGACACACUCUUCCUCUGUUUCUGUAAGUGUGUAGCAGCUUUAUUUAUUUCACGAGAUAAUAC